AUGAGUCCCCAGCAUCGGAAGCCCGUGGCGCGGCCGGCCCCUCCCUGGGCCCCGGUCCUGCUGCUGGCGCUGGGGCUGCACGGCCUGGAGGCUGGGGCCCGCAGACCCGCGGAGCCCGGCUUCCGGGAGGGCUAUUUCGAGCAGUUCCUGGACCACUUCAACUACGAGAGGUUCGGCAACAAGACCUUCCGCCAGCGCUUCCUGCUGUCAGACCAGUUCUGGAACCGGGGCGAGGGGCCCAUCUUCUUCUACACGGGGAAUGAGGGGGACGUGUGGAGCUUCGCCAACAACUCGGGCUUCCUCGUGGAGCUGGCGGCCCAGCAGGCGGCCCUGCUCAUCUUCGCGGAGCACCGGUACUACGGGAAGUCACUCCCGUUCGGCCAGCAGUCCACGCAGCGCGGGCACACGGAGCUGCUGACCGUGGAGCAGGCCCUGGCCGACUUCGCUGUGCUGCUGCAGGCGCUGCAGCGGGACCUCGGGGCCGAGGAUGCCCCUGCCAUCGCCUUUGGUGGGAGUUAUGGGGGGAUGCUCAGCGCCUACAUGAGGAUGAAGUACCCCCAGUUGGUGGCGGGGGCGCUGGCAGCCAGUGCGCCUGUCAUCGCAGUGGCAGGCCUGGGCGACUCCUACCAGUUCUUCCGGGAUGUCACGGCGGACUUUGACCGCCAGGGUCCCAAAUGUGCCCAAGGUGUGCGGGAAGCCUUCAGGCAGAUCAAGGAGUUGUUCCUACAGGGAGCCUAUGACAUGGUCAGCCAGGAGUUCGGCACCUGCCAGCCCCUCUCGGGACCAAGAGACCUGACCCAGCUCUUCGUGUUUGCCCGCAACGCCUUCACUGUGCUGGCCAUGAUGGACUACCCGUACCCCACCAACUUCAUGGGGCCCCUUCCUGCCAACCCUGUCAAGGUCGCCUGUGAGCGGCUGCUGGGGGAAGCCCGGAGGAUCUCGGGGCUGCGAGCACUGGCAGGACUAGUCUACAACUCCUCGGGCACACAGCACUGCUACGACAUCUACCAGCUAUACCACAGCUGUGCUGACCCCACUGGCUGUGGCACUGGCCCCGAUGCCAAGGCCUGGGACUACCAGGCCUGCACCGAGAUCAACCUGACGUUUGCCAGCAACAAUGUGACUGACAUGUUCCCAGACCUCCCGUUCACUGAUGCCCUCCGCCAGCAGUACUGCAUGGACACCUGGGGCGUGUGGCCCCGACAGGACUGGCUGCAGACCAGCUUCUGGGGGAACAACCUCAAAGCUGCCAGCAACAUCAUCUUCUCCAACGGUGAUCUCGACCCCUGGGCAGGGGGUGGGAUACAGAGGAACCUGAGCACAUCCAUCGUUGCUGUCACCAUCCAGGGGGGAGCACAUCACCUAGACCUCAGAGCAUCCCACCCCGAAGACCCUGCAUCCGUCAUAGAAGCACGCAGGCUGGAGGCCACGCUCAUCGGUGAGUGGGUAAAGGCAGCCAGACGUGAGCAGCAGCCAGCACUGCGUGGGGGGCCCAGAGGCCGAUGGCGGCCCCUACCCAGCUAGGGUGAGAGGACUCCUGGGAGUGUCCCGGAGAAGAUUCCUCAUGGAGUGAAGAGCCGUGGCCAGGCUGCCCACCUGCCCUGCACCUGGGUGGACGUCAGGACCCUGAAGCCUGGCCGCGGCCCAGUGUGGGGGCCUCAUGCAAGGGAGGCUUUGGUGGCAAAGGGAAGGGGCUGAAUAAAGCAGUUUGGCCAAGCA